AUCUAAUUAAUUAAUUUACCUUUAAAUGAGCCGCGCAACGGAAGCUCUGGAAGUUUCCAGCUACCAACAGCUCUACGAUAUUUAAUUUGUACAAAGAAUAUCUGCCCUAAUUUUUUUUUGGGUAAAAUAAUGAGAGGAAGAAUUUGCCUAUUAAUAUAAAUUUCAGUGCCUUGGAUUUGAUUUGCGUCGCCAGUACCCAACAUUCCGCUCGUCCACCUGAUUCUCUCAUAACAAUGGGAUUGGAGGUCUGCGUUAAGGCUGCAGUUGGUGCUCUUGAUGCCCUCGGCGACUGUCCGUUUACCCAAAGGGUUUUGCUGACCCUGGAGGAGAAGAAAGUCCCCUACAAGCUGCAUCUCAUCGAUGUUAGCAACAAGCCCAAGUGGUUUUUGGAGGUGAAUCCAGAAGGGAAGGUGCCGGUGGUGAAGUUCGACGACAAAUGGGUCGCCGACUCCGACGUCAUCGUCGGCAUUCUUGAGGAGAAAUACCCCAACCCUCCUCUAUCGACUCCCGCCGAAUUUGCUUCUGUGGGUUCAAAAAUAUUCUCUACUUUUGUGACGUUCUUGAAGAGUAAGGAUCCCAGUGAUGGAUCAGAGCAGGCUUUGCUUGCUGAAUUGAAGGCCUUGGAUGAGCAUCUUAAGGCACAUGGUCCAUAUGUCAGUGGGGAGAAUGUAACUGCUGUUGAUUUGAGUUUAGCUCCAAAGCUUUACCAUCUUGAGGUAGCACUUGGCCAUUUCAAAGGCUGGACUGUCCCUGAAAGCUUAAGUCAUGUCCUCAACUAUAUGAAGUCACUCUUCUCUCGGGAAUCCUUUGAAAAAACCAAGGCUGCAAAGGAAUAUGUUAUUGCGGGGUGGAAGCCAAAAGUCAAUGCAUGAAUUUUUUCCAAACGACGAGGGGUGUUUUCAACCCGCAGCUAUGCAGUGUUUGGUGUGAUCGAUGCUUGUACUAUGUAUGGAAACUAAGAAAAGAAACAGCGGUUGCUUCGGUGUUUAUCUAAUCUGUAUUAUAUAAUCAUCGUCUCAACUAUGAUAUUGUUGCUGUUGCUUGAUGUGGGUUUUGGGGUUGGUGUUUGGCUGGCUCUGUUUCUAAGCUGGAAUGGAAUGGGAAUAAAAUUGGUCUUUAUAGUUUUAUAUUUUUGCUAUUUAAUUUGUCAUUCCAUUUCAUUCUUGCCUACCAAACAUUGAGUUACUGUAUGAAUGGUGAAAGCCAGUUUCGGUGGUA